UUGCCCCUCCCACGGCUCUGCCUCCUCCACCACCACUGACAUCAGGGAGUCUGCAGGUGCCCGGACACCCGGCCGGGAGCACUUACUCAGAGCAAGAUAUCUUGCGGCAGGAGCUGAACACACGUUUUCUGGCCUCGCAGAGUGCUGACCGCGGAGCUUCCCUGGGCCCUCCGCCUUACCUGCGGACCGAGUUCCACCAGCACCAGCACCAGCACCAGCACACGCACCAGCACACACACCAGCACACCUUCACGCCCUUCCCCCACGCCAUCCCUCCUGCCGCCAUCAUGCCGACGCCAGCACCUCCCAUGGUGCGUACCCCAGGCAGAAAUUUUGACAAAUACCCUACAAAAGUUGACCCAUUCUACCGGCACAGUCUCUUCCACUCCUAUCCUCCUGCAGUAUCGGGCAUCCCCCCUAUGAUUCCACCCACUGGCCCUUUUGGUUCACUACAAGGAGCGUUUCAACCGAAGACAUCCAACCCUAUCGAUGUCGCUGCUCGGCCUGGGACAGUCCCACACACUUUACUCCAAAAGGACCCGAGGUUGACAGAUCCUUUCAGACCUAUGUUAAGGAAACCAGGGAAGUGGUGUGCUAUGCAUGUUCACAUCGCCUGGCAGAUUUACCACCACCAACAGAAAGUCAAGAAACAGAUGCAGUCAGACCCACAUAAGCUGGACUUUGGAUUGAAACCCGAGUUCCUGAGCCGCCCUCCAGGCCCCAGUCUCUUCGGAGCCAUCCACCACCCUCAUGACCUGGCCCGGCCUUCAACUUUGUUCUCUGCCGCUGGUGCUGCACACCCAGCUGGGACCCCCUUCGGGCCUCCUCCCCACCACAGCAACUUCCUGAACCCUGCUGCUCACCUAGAGCCUUUUAAUCGGCCAUCCACGUUCACAGGCCUAGCAGCAGUCGGUGGCAAUGCCUUCGGGGGACUUGGGAAUCCUUCAGUUACACCCAACUCAAUGUUCGGCCACAAGGAUGGCCCCAGUGUGCAGAACUUUAGCAACCCUCACGAGCCCUGGAACCGGCUGCACCGAACGCCUCCGUCGUUCCCGACCCCUCCGCCCUGGCUGAAGCCAGGGGAGCUGGAGCGCAGCGCGUCUGCUGCAGCUCAUGACAGAGAUAGAGAUGUAGAUAAACGAGACUCAUCUGUUAGUAAAGAUGACAAAGAAAGGGAGAGCGUCGAGAAGAGACACUCCAGCCAUCCUUCACCAGCACCUGUCCUCCCGGUGAACGCCCUGGGACACAACCGCAGCUCCACUGAACAGAUCAGGGGUCAUUUGAACACUGAGGCUCGCGACAAAGACAAAUCCAAAGAGAGGGACAGAGACCACUCGGAAUCCCGCAAGGACCUGACCACCGAUGAGCACAAGGCGAAGGAGGGCCACCUGCCCGAGAAGGACGGGCACAGCCAUGAGGGGCGGGCCAUGGGCGAAGAGGCCAAGCAGCUGGCCCGGGUGCCAUCGCCCUACGUGCGGACCCCCGUGGUGGAGAGCACCAGGCCCAACAGCACCUCGAGCCGGGAGGCCGAGCCGCGCAAGGGUGAGCCGGCCUACGAGAACCCCAAGAAGAGCUCUGAGGUCAAGGUGAAGGAGGAGAGGAAAGAAGACCACGACCUGCCUCCGGAGGCCCCCCAGGGCCACCGGUCCUCAGAGCCGCCACCUCCAAACUCCUCGUCUAGCGUGCACCCGGGGCCCCUGGCGUCAAUGCCCAUGACGGUGGGGGUGACGGGCAUUCACCCCAUGAACAGCAUCAGCAGCCUGGACAGGACUCGCAUGAUGACCCCCUUCAUGGGCAUCAGCCCCAUCCCGGGUGGAGAGCGCUUCCCUUACCCUUCUUUCCACUGGGACCCCAUCCGGGACCCCUUGAGGGACCCUUACCGAGAACUUGACAUGCACCGGAGAGACCCUCUGGGCAGGGACUUUCUGCUCAGGAACGACCCUCUCCACCGCCUCUCGACCCCCCGGCUGUACGAAGCUGACCGCUCCUUCCGGGACAGGGAGCCUCACGACUACAACCACCACCACCACCACCACCACCCUCUGUCUGUGGACCCCCGGCGGGAUCACGAGCGUGGGGGCCACCUGGACGAGCGGGAGCGCCUGCACAUGCUCAGAGAAGACUACGAGCACCCGCGGCUCCACCCUGUGCACCCCGCCUCCCUGGACGGCCACCUGCCGCACCCCAGCCUCAUCACCCCGGGGCUGCCGAGCAUGCACUACCCCCGGAUCAGCCCCACCGCGGGCCACCAGAACGGACUCCUCAACAAGACCCCUCCGAGCGCGGCGCUGAGCGCGCCUCCCCCGCUCAUCUCCACGCUGGGGGGCCGCCCGGUCUCUCCCCGAAGGACGACCCCUCUGUCCGCAGAGAUCAGGGAGAGGCCGCCUUCCCACACUCUGAAGGACAUCGAAGCUCGAUAAGGAGAGAGGCGGCGGCGAUAGAGGAAGCAGAAGUCCUGCGCACAGGCUGCGGCAGAUGCUGCAGGGGGAGAACCCGUGCACCCAGCACAGACUGGGGCAGCACGUCCCGUUUCUUCCCCUUGUAAAAAUGUACAGACUCAGUGCCGAUUUUGAAAUGAUUUUGUAUAUUAUAUGUUGAGAUUUUUCAGAUCUUUUAGCUAAGUCAUAUCUUCUCACUUCUCCUACUCUUUGUUUCUAGUAUAAAACUUUUUGAUUUGAACCAAAACAGUAAAGAUGACAACACACACCAACUUGAUGAUCAUGGGGGCAGGGGUGGGGGGGUCCACACCAUCCAUCAUGCAGAGCUCUUUCAGAUGAGAAGGGAAGCCCGUGUACAUAGUUAUGUAAAAAAGAUCGCUUCAUGAGCUGAUGGUUCAUAUAUGCAAAAAGGUAAGAUGAAAGCUUUACUUUGUACAGAUGUAAAUAGAUAAAGAUUAAGUAACAUAAUACAUUAAUACUUCUUAAAUGUGCUAUUUGCAGACUUAAUAUCAGUGAACACAGUCUGCUAAGGCUGUGUUCCCAUAUAUUGUUAUAGACAGCUAAACCCUUCAACUAUGCAAUGAAUGUUAGGGCUUUUCACAAAAGCCCACCUAACUCAAAGGAGCCUUUUCAAAUCCAUUUACAACAUACUUAAGGUCAUAUUUUCCCUGAACAAGCACUUACGUGAUAUGACUCUGUUUUCCUUGCUUGUUUUUUUCAAAUGGAGGAACAUCCUAUUUUGCAAAUUGGACCACAGGCUGAAACUUUGCAUCUGAAGUUGUUGCUUGUGGGCUUUGGGGGAAAGUGCAGCCCCGGAAAGGUAACUAUGGAUGCGAGCAGCCAGUGCCAGGGAGGACAGGAUGUGUCAGAUGCCAAGAUCAGGGGACAGGUGGUGAUGUCUGCCAGAUAAAAACGGGUCGCCAGAAUCUCGUCACCGUCAGUCACGUGGUUACACACACAUCUCAU